AUAAAUGAAAAAUUAGUAGAAUUUUUUUAUCAAUAUAUCUUCAAUGUUAACAGAGUACUCAGUGUGUAAAUUAAUUACUCCUUUAAAAAAUGUAUCGCAAAAGAUUUCAAUUUAAAUUUGUUUUUCGUAAAAUAAUGAAACACUCAAGGCAUAAAAAUUUAAAAUUUUAUAACAUUUAUAAAGAGCUCUGAAAGUUUUAUUCGAUUGGUCGAUUUUAAAUUCUAAAUUUAUACCUGUGAAAAACGCGGGCUGAAGUCAAAUACAUUCACGUCCGUGCAUAUAGAUAACAAAUCGUCAUCGUCAUAUUUAAUAAAUAAUUACAAAAUUGAUUUCUGAUAAUGUUUAUCAUAAACUUAAUUUGAGAUUGUUACGAUUGUAAUAAUAAUCUAACUUAAACCUACUCUUACUCCUUUGUGAUUUUUUGUCGCUCCAAUUAUUUGAUUGGUGGAAUUUUAUAAUUGAAUCCACGCUAUUUGUAAAGGGAAAAGGACCUAUAUAUUUCCACGCAUGUGCUUUGCCAAAACAGUGUCUCCUCUUUGCAAUGUCUGCAUACGUUAGAAUAGGUUGAAGUACUAAAGCAUGAAUUAUUAACAGAACCAUCUCGUUUCACUGAAGAAGAAUUUUAGAAGAAUUUUUACACCAUUAAUUUGAUAUAUGACGUAUAUAUAUAUCGCCAAAAAGUAUAUUUUAGUAAUUGUUUUUCCUAGCUCACUGUUCAAGGGAUAUUUUGCAAAAUGAAACAAAUUCUUUGUGGUAAAAUAGGAGAUAGGAUUGUGCUAAUUUCAAAGACAUCACGAUAUCCUUUACCUCUAUUUAGUGCAAGACAUUUAAUAUCAGGCAAGAUGAACAAGGUUUAUCAGCCAUUACUAGCAUCACCACAUAUACGCUACUUUGGAAACCCUAAUCGAGCAUAUGCAAUUUUUAUUGGAAGAGUAUUAAGAGGAGCAUUAAAAGUUCGGUAUCUUUUAUUGGGUGGUGCAGUUGGUAGUGGAGUAACUUUACAGAAGAAAUAUGAACAAUGGAAAGAAAUUGUACCAGAUAUGAGCUGGUUGAAUGAUGUAUUUCCUAAUGAAGAAAAGUGGAAAGAUUUACGUGAAUCGGUUAUGACAGUUAAAAAUAUUUUCACAGAUAAGAUUGAAAUUGAUCCACGUAUAAAGCAGCUUGGCGAAGCUAAAUAUAAAGAAUACAAAGAGUGGUUCAAUCAGAGACUGGAUGAUGCUAUCAAGGCAGCUGAAGUUGAUCAAAUCCAACCAGGUGUGGAUAUUUUCUAUAAUCGUAUAUUUGACGCAAUCUCAACAAUAGUAUCCCAACUUUAUUCAGAAGCGAAGCAGCAGGUGGUGAACAAUACUGUCGCGUUUGCUCGGCCAUUAGCUAGCGACAAUAUCGAAGAGGAACGUAAGAAAGCUCAAAAGUCGCAAGAGCGAUUGAACGCUAUGCAAGAAGAAGUGAUGCAAAUACAAUUAAGAUAUCAACGUGAACUUGAACGAUUAGAGAGAGAGAACAAAGAGCUUCGAAAGCAGAUGCUACUACGUGGAAGUCAAAAAAUGAGUAACAAAAAAAUAAAAAAAUCUCUGAUCGACAUGUACAGCGACGUUUUAGAUGAACUUAAUGAUUAUGAUAGCACUUAUUCUACUGCUGAUCAUUUACCAAGAGUGGUAGUAGUUGGUGAUCAAAGUUCUGGCAAAACAUCUGUAUUAGAAAUGAUCGCUCAAGCAAGAAUAUUUCCUAGAGGUGGUGGUGAAAUGAUGACAAGAGCUCCAGUGAAAGUCACUUUAAGUGAAGGUCCUUAUCAUAUAGCUCAAUUCAAAGACAGUUCAAGAGAAUUCGAUUUGACGAAAGAGUCAGAAUUAGCUGAGCUAAGACGCGAAGUAGAAUUACGUAUGAAAAACAGUGUUAAAAAUGGCAAGACAGUUAGUCCAGAUGUGAUUUCGAUGACUGUGAAAGGUCCAGGCCUUCAGCGUAUGGUUCUCGUCGAUUUGCCUGGUAUAAUCAGCACAGUUACAGUUGACAUGGCAGAAGACACGCGAGAUGCUAUUCGACAAAUGACUCAACAAUAUAUGAGUAACCCUAAUGCGAUAAUUCUAUGUAUCCAAGAUGGUUCCGUGGAUGCAGAAAGGAGCAAUGUAACGGAUCUCGUUUCUCAAAUGGACCCUUCCGGCAAACGAACCAUUUUUGUUUUAACUAAGGUAGAUUUAGCAGAAGAGAACUUGGCCAAUCCAGAACGUGUUCGUAAAAUAUUGUCUGGCAAACUAUUCCCCAUGAAGGCAUUGGGCUACUUUGCUGUUGUCACUGGUAGAGGUAGACAGGAUGAUAGCAUACAAACGAUCAAAGAUUAUGAAGAAAAAUUCUUUAGAAAUUCGAAGCUCUUUAAGGAUGGCAUAGUAAUGUCAGGUCAAGUUACAACAAGAAAUUUGAGUCUCGCGGUUGCGGAAUGUUUUUGGAAGAUGGUUCGUGAGACUGUAGAACAACAAGCAGAUGCAUUCAAGGCCACUAGAUUUAAUCUUGAAACAGAAUGGAAAAAUAAUUUCCCAAGAUUAAGAGAAUUAGAUAGAGAUGAACUUUUCGAGAGAGCAAGAGGGGAGAUUCUAGACGAAAUUAUAAAUCUGUCUCAAGUUUCACCCAGGCACUGGGAAGAGGUGUUGAUGGUUAGGAUCUGGGACAAAGUUAGCAUGCACGUGUUCGAGAACAUUUAUUUACCCGCGGCUCAAAGCGGAAGUCCAAGCACAUUUAAUACCACUGUCGACAUAAAACUUCGUCAGUGGGCUGAACAGCAGUUACCAUCUCGAAGCGUCGAAAGCGGUUGGGAAUGCUUGCAACAGGAAUUUCAACAUUUCAUGAAUCAGGCAAAACUUAGUCCGGAUCACGAUGAUAUAUUUGACAAUCUAAAAAAUGCAGUAGUUAAUGAAGCUAUGAGACGACAUUACUGGGAAGAAAAAGCAUCUGAAAUGCUGCGAGUUAUUCAACUGAACACUUUAGAGGAUAGAAGUGUGAAUGAUAAACGUGAUUGGGAUCAGGCAGUUCGUUUUCUAGAAACCUCAGUUAAAGAGAAAUUGCAAGCUACGGAACAAAUUUUGAGAGACAUGCUGGGUCCAGGUCGCAAGGAACGAUGGUUGUAUUGGCAGAAUCAGAGUGAUGACCAACAGAAACGUUCAGCAGUGAAGAACGAAUUAGAUAAAAUUCUUUAUGCGGACAAAAAACAUACUCCUACACUUACUCAGGAUGAACUUACGACAAUUAGAAAGAACGUGCAGCGAAAUGGUUUGGAAAUCGACAAUGAGUUCAUUCGAGAAACGUGGCAUCCAGUAUAUAGGAGAUUCUUCUUGCAACAAAGCUUGGCUAGGGCGUACGAUUGCAAGAAAGGAUAUUAUCUCUAUCACACUGGACAUGAAAGUGAAAUGGAGUGCAAUGAUGUUGUUUUGUUUUGGAGGAUUCAGCAAAUGCUGAAGGUUACUGCCAAUGCACUUCGACAACAAAUUAUGAAUCGAGAAGCCCGUAGGUUAGAUAAAGAAAUAAAAGAAGUAUUAGAAGAUUACAGUCAAGAUAAUGAAAUGAAACAGAAACUGCUGACUGGUAGACGGGUCACUUUAGCCGAAGAAUUAAAACGUGUUAGGCAAAUUCAAGAGAAACUCGAGGAAUUUAUUCAAGCAUUGAACAAAGAGAAAUGAAGAACAUAGACUGAGAGUCUAGAAGUCUGAAACCUACGGUAUGUGAUAAGUGAUGAUGAGCCCUGGUGGCUUGUUGUUAGGUAUAUACUAAUUUAUUUUCUUCGCUAAUCGAACGAUAAUACAAAUAUAUUACCAAUCAAGUCUUAUGAUGAGUGGAAACUAUUCAUUUAACUAGUAAGAUUUGAUAUGUAAAAUUACCCUUCCAACUGUUAGCAUUAAAAUUAUGGCCGAUUUUACGCGACUAUGAUAUUUUUACGACAUUUUUAUUUUACAUUUAACAAAUUUUGUUAACAGAAAAUAUUGUUCGGACACAAAUGCGAAAUAUUGUCAAUACUUAGUAUUGUUUAAUAUCAAAGCGAGCAACUCGAGAAAAAUUUCGGAAAUAACGCUUCAGAAUAAUUGAACACAUGGAAUGUAGAUAUUCUUAAUGUAACUAGAAAAAAUAAUUCUAACAUUUUGUAUAUACAUCUCAUCUGUGCAUACAGAACGAAUAGAAACGAAUAUACGUUUUGUAUGGGUAGGAAAAGCGGAAUAAAGAAAUAGAAACUGAA